AUGAUUGAAAGAAUUGGUGGAACUGAUUUACCCGAAAUGGAUACUUCAUUAGCAUCAACAAGCAUGAUCACCAAUGAAAUGAAUUAUAAUGAAAUAUUGGAUCGUUUUACACGUAAUGAGAUUGCAUACGAUGAUUUUAUGCAAUUAACAGGUUCUUUUUUCUUUUACACGAUUCAGUCACAUAUAUUUCCUAACUUCAUAGUAUAA